AUGGGUGGUGCAAGCUCGACCGAGCAGGCACCUGUCCAGCCGCAGAAUACCGCCGGUGGCUGCCCGGUGAAAGCCGGAGCUGACGCCAGCAGCGCGGCUGACGGUGGCUCGUGCCCGCUCGGCUUUGGCUCUGCCGGCAAGUCGGGCCAGGCGUCGUCGUCAUCGACGAGCAGCGGAUCGAACGGCGCUGCCGCGAGCGGAAGCGAUGCUGAAAAGGAGAGCGGAGGUGGAUGUCCUGUGCGGCAUGUGGAUGCGCAGGGCAAUGUGGUGUACAACGUGUACGGACAGCAGAUCAACCCGGACAACAACAUGCCGUUCAACCCGAACCAGGCGCCGGCCGAAGGCCAGACCAAGGAGAUCCCGACCGAGCGGGUGGUGAGCUCCAUUCCGAAGGGCGGGACCGAUGGGACGUGGACCUUCCCCUCGCCGCAGAUGUUCUACAACGCGCUGGCGCGCAAGGGCAAACUCGGCGAUAUGACCGAGGACCACGCCGCUGCCGUCGUUGCCAUCCACAACAACAUGAAUGAGCGGACGUGGCGGAUGGUCGAGGAGUGGGAGGCCAUGUUCCACGGUGACGAGUGCGAUUGCCCCAAGCUGCUCAAGUUCUGCGGCCGUCCGCACGAGCUCUCGCCGCGGGCCCGCAUGGUGGCUGCUCUCGGCGGGCCGAAGCCGUUUGAUCGGCACGACUGGGUCGUCGACCGCUGCGGCACCCACGUCCGCUACAUCAUCGACUACUACUACUCGGAGGAGGCGAGCGAGGCCGACCAGAUGCCCGAGCUCCAUGACGUGGACUCUAUCAAGUCCAUCACCAUGGUGGUUCGCCCGGCCCUCGACUCGCCGACGGCGGCCGUCGCUGGCUCCCGCAACCCGCACCCGGCUGCAGGCUCCAAGCUUGAGGGCGCGGAUGCUGGCGUUCCGGUCUACACCCCGGGCGAGCCGCUCUCGGCCGAAGCUGCCGCCUCCAUCACCUCGCGGAUCGAGCUCGCCUGCUCGUCCCACAUGGAGACGCUUGCUGCGCUCGAGGCCCGCGCCGACGCCGGCGAAGACGUCGCCGGCGAGCUGGGCCAGGGCGGCAUGGCCAUGGCGCUCUGCGUCGGCAAGGUCGUCUGUCCCGCCGAGUACGCCCCGGUCGCCGCCGUCCUCGCAGCCGAUGACGUCGACGCCAAUGCCUUUGACAAGGCCUACGCCUCGCUCUCUACCUGCGUUGACUCGUUUGCCGAUGCUGCCGCCACCGUCGCCGCCUCGCUUGCCAAGCACCCGUAG